AUGGCAAGAAUCAAGCAGGGCGUGUUUUCCUGGGAGGAUGUAUUAGCGCAUCGGUACCAAAACAAUAAGCCCGCGGCCCUCCCUCGCUCUCGCAGACAGAGCGCGGUCUCUACUCGAAGCCAAAGCCAGUCGCGACCGCAGCAAAAGCAAGCUGAUUCAAGAUUCAACUGGGACGUCCAACUGCAGAGUUCGCUGCUGUCGAAGCUUUCGCCCGAGCUGCGUCUGAUGAUCUGGGAACUGGUUCUCGGCGGCAUGCGCAUUCAUAUCAUCCAGCGCCCAGACAGACGCAUGGGACAUGUUGUAUGUCCCGGCGUGUUCACGAAAAUUGAAGCAUGCGAUAUCUGUCGCGGUGGACUGCCUUCAUCGAGUUCCAGCUGUUGCAGCAGCAGCAGCAGUAGCAGAGAGGGAUCUCGAUCUCCGCAAAUGCUGAUGCGAAGCAAUCUCCUCGCACUCCCGAUAGUGUGCAAGCAGGUAUAUGCCGAAUCCAUUCACCUCCUCUACUCCCUCAACACUUUCGAAUUCAGCAACACCUGGUCCCUCACAUACCUACAUCCCACAAUCCCCCCCGAUUUCUGGGACUCCAUCCGCUGCGUCGAACUCUCCUGGGCGUUCCCGGGCCACUGGCUGCCCACAAAAGACCCUGUGAAAUCAGUCUACUUCUCCGCAGGCCGGCAGCAGUGGCUCGAGACAUGCGGCGCCCUAACGCGCAUGGCGGGCCUACAGAAUUUCACAUUACACCUAAGCGGAAGUUGGUUCUGCGAGCCGGUCGAGAAGCUGCCGGUGUUUUUGGAGCCACUGAGGGGCUUACAUUUACCGGGGAGGAAGAGAUGGGAGGUUCGAUUGCCGAAUCAACCGUACUAUGUUGAGGAGGUGGGGAAUGGGAAUGUUGGCAGGGAAUUGAGAAAGAGAGGGGUCGAUUGUAGGGUUUUGGCUGCCUGA